UCCUUUAAAACUUUAUGGAAUCACUGAUUCCUCUUCGGAUGUAGAAUAUCAAAUUGAGGGGAGGGGAAAGAGCAGCGAGCGACGGCGACGAGAAAACAACGACGGCGAUAGAGAAUUAUAAAAGCAGGUCACAGUUCCACUCCAAUUCCAUUGCUUCUAAUCUUCUCGAGGUGGAAACUUCACAGCUUGAAUAACACUUGUCCGAAAGAGUAAUGGAUGCUCAAGCAAAGAAGAAGGCACUGUAUCGUGCUAAAUUGAAAGCGCAAAAGCAGGAUAAACGUAUUGAUUCUCCUCUCGUAAGGUACAAUGAAUCUGAUCAACCAGUCUGUAGGGUUUGUGAUAUUGUCCUAAAAUCUGAUUCUGCUUGGGGUGCACAUCAAAUAUCUGCUAAGCAUCGCGAGGCGAUUAAAAAUGUAAAAGCAAAUGCUGCUGCAGCUAGUAAGGUUAACAAUGUAAAGCCUGGUGGUUCUACAGAAUCUGGUAAAAUCAAACCUGUUGACUCAGUUAAAAGUCAAAUCGAACCACCUCAACCUAAACCUCAGUCUGUACUUCCUUCUAAUUUCUUUGAUAAGCCUGACACAAAGAGGCAAAAGAAUGAAAUCAGUAAUGCAAAGUUAAUGGAGAAUGAUAAAAAGAAGAAGGUGGUGGGUGGUGUUCAAGUUCAAGUUGCAAAUGUGUCUAAUGUGGAGAAUAAAAGAGUUUCAGAGACCAUAGAUGCUGAGAUUGAGGGCUCUGAGACACGAACUCUUCCGGAAGGUUUCUUUGAUGAUAAAGAUGCUGAUCUACGUGCACGUGGAAUUACACCUGUUAAGCUAGAUAUCAAAGACGAGUAUAAGGAGUUUGAGAAGUUGAUCCAAGAGGACUUGAAGGAGGUAGACAAUCGGCUAGAAGAAGAAGAGUAUGACGCCGCUGAGAUGAUCGAAGAAGCCGAAACCGCAGAGCAAAGGAGUUGCAGGGAGAGAGUGGAAUUAUUCAAGAGGAAAAAAUUGGAGCUUAAGGCCACAAAGUCAGGAAAGCAAAAGCAAAGUAAAGCUUCACAAGUGGUUGAGAAAGAAAGUAGUGUUGAUGAGUCAUCGAGUGACGUGGACAGUGAUGAUGACGUGGACUGGAGAGCUAAACAUUUGUAGACACAGUUUCACUUGGUGGUAGAUUAAAGUUUUUGACCAAAUCCUUCAAGUCAAUGAGUGAGAGAUACUGGUACUUCUGGUUUUGACAUCACAUAUUUUCAAGUUCAUCAUCAUCCUCCUUGUAAUCCAACCUCCUAAUUAGUUACAAUUUUACCCCUAUGGUGUUAUUAUACUUAUAUCUUUGCAUUGGAGGUGUCAAACCAUAAAAAAAGUUGUAGCAUAAAAAGGUCAUAGGAUUAAAGAAGGCCUCUGUUUUUGCCAGCAAAAAGGGCAUUUUUGGCAUUGUGAGAA